AUGUCGCGACGACACGGAUGUGGCCUUUUCAUCGGACGAUUGUCCAAAACUACCCGAACAAGAGACUUAGAGGACGUUUUUGAACCAUAUGGAAGAGUGAACCGAUGUGACAUUAAGUAUGGUGCCGAGAUGGCGUACGCGUUUGUGGACUACGAUGACCCGAGGGAUGCAGAGGAUGCGGUGAGGUAUGAGAAUGGGCGGGACUUGUGUGGCUCAGCGAUCAUCGUGGAGUGGGCCAAGGGCAGCCCACGGAGGUCCAUGGCUGGGUCAUCACGCCGUCGAAGCUACAGAUCACCACCUCGAAGGCGCAGGAGGAGUCGGUCUCGUUCCCGUGGACACAGGAGGCGUCGUAGUCGCUCUAGGUCCAGGUCAAGGUCGCGUUCACGUAGCAGGUCCCACAGGAAGAGAUCGUCAAAGAAAUCGAGCCGUAGGUCACAUUCAAGGUCAAAAUCAAGGUCAAGAUCACCUGCUAAAUUGAAAUCGAGGUCAAGGUCAAAGUCUAAAUCUAUAGAGCGUCGUUCCAAGUCGAAAUCUGUCGAACGCGAUGCUAAGUCGAGAUCGAAAAGUCGUGAGCCGUCUCCCGCGGGGGCAGCGAAUGGCAUGUCUCGUAGCAAGAGUCGGUCUCGCUCGAGGAGUAAAUCCAAGGAGAGUUAGGAUUUAGUGAUCUGUUUCCUGUGAACGCACAUUUUUGGAUUGGUGGAUUUUCUUGGUCAGAAGUUCUAGUUUGAAAGUCAAUGUUCUUCAAAUUUUCCGUGAUGUCUCUUUCGACUCAACUUUUGCAUGCUUUGAAUAAGUGCAUUCCUAGGCAACAUCUGGAUAACAUCACCAACAUCAACAAUCAGCAAAGACGAUGAAGACUUUUCCUGGUGAAGUCUUGUCGAAUACAGAUGAAAAUUUGAGGUACAUCGAUUUUCAAACUAUUCACCUGUGAGAUCUUAUGUGAAAUGAUCCUCACCACAAGAUGUUGUCUGAAAAACCGAAGAUAAUAAUGUAAGUUUUGUUGUAAUCAUCAGACUUUAUAUGACAAAUGUUGUUUCUCUUGCAUGCCAUAAUGGCUAAUGGUUGUACAGGCAUGUACACUCGCUGGUGAAAUAUGACAACAUUUCCCAUUAUUUUGUUGUGGUUGUUGUGAUGUACAUGUGAUGCAUUGUAGGUCACAGUUAGUACAAGGAUGAUGCUGCGCUCUGUUUGAAAAAUGCCUCAUCUUGCGUAUUGCGUCAUUCAAGUGAUCUAGAGAGUAGAGCAUUGGCAGGUUGAAAUCCUCGUCUCGACAAGUCAGUGAGUGUUUUGGAACCAUUGAGGAAAUGUCAUUCAUCACAUCGGAAAUAUAUCUGUUUCACCUUUCAUUGUUUUUUUGUAUAUUUUUCAAAAUUUAUCAUGCAUUUGUAUCAUCUUUCAUUUUCAUUCCUGUAUCGUUGCUUAAUUGAUAAUGAAUAUCCAACAUCCAGUUAACUUUGUGGAUCAAGUGACAUCUGUGAAUAUUGUCUUUAUACAUGGAAAACGUAAUGACUUUAUACAUGUAAAACGUAAUGACUUUAUACAUGUAAAACGUAAUGGCUUUAUACAUGUAAAACGUAAUGGCUUUAUACAUGUAAAACGUAAUGGCUUUAAAACAGUAAAGUGGUUCCAUCUGUCCAUGUGUAAAAGCUGACUGGUCAAAUAUCUACCCUACUAAGUAGUUUAUCUUCGCACAGCCCUGUUUUAGAUGAGACCCUUGUUGAUGGAGUCGUGUUCCAACAUUGUUUUCUGUACUGAUUGUGGAUUGUACCCAAUGAUGCCUGCAGAGAAAGCCCUCCCUAUCAUUAUCAGUUGUGCACUGGGGUGAUGGCUAGACUCGGGAGGGUUUAUUUUACCAGUAAGCUUUGAUAAGCAAUAUUGUAUGAGAAUGUUGGUCUCCUUAAUAAGUUUGAAAGUAUCCUUUCCAAUUUAUAAAUGACUAGUUGGUUUGCGCACGUGAUCUCAAUAACUUAGACCAAUCAACAGUGUGAUUUUCAUAUAGAUGGUAGAGAUUCAUAUUGCUCUUGUACAAGUGGAUUUAAAAUGUUUGCAUGUUUUAGAUUUUAUGGUCAUUGAUGAUUGAUUGGACAGAAGUCUAUGUCAGUAUGAGCCCUCCAAUAGUGUCAUGUUAGUUUAGCUAAUUGGUCUGAGUGUUUCCAUUAGAGUUAGAGUUGUAAUUAUUCCUGACGAGCUUGAGGUUACUUUCUGAUUCCCCAUUUCUAGUUCCCAAUUUUCAUCUAAAGUACCUAUUCCCGAUUCUUGAUUCUCCGUGUAAGGGCUUAAUCUGCUUCUAAACUCAUCCAAGGAUCCAUCCGAAUUGGCAAUAAGUAAUUGAGAAUCGGAAAUAAGGAGACUCAAGAAUAGGGAAUAGGGAACAAGUAGCCUACUAAAGGUAGGUUUGUCAUUGCCUCACUAGCACUGGGUCGUAGAACCUAUGACGAUCGUCGUAGAUUCUUUGACAGGCCAUGAUCAUAUCCGUCAUUACAGAUUCUGUGACGGACACCUUUGUUUUUAGAGAAGCCAUGUUAUAAUAGACAAGUUUGACACUUUUACCCAAGCAUUAUUUGUAACAUCUUCUUUGCAUUUUAAGUUGUAAAAUAUAGCAUUAAUGU